GACGGUGGACGGCGGAUGAGAGCUGGCGCAGCUGCUGUGGUGGCAGCGGCUGAAGUGUCGUCGGCUCCGGCGGCUGCAACAGCUCCGCGAUCGCGGCUUUGGCGGCGGUGCCGGCGGGCUGGGCUGCAUGGUGCGGACCCCGGCGCGCGGUCCGGGUUGCUGGGGCGGCGCGUGUAAGGAUCCGAGGGGUGCGAGAGCUGGGUCCGAGACAGAGGAAGAUGCCUCUAAUGGAGGAGUGUCUAGGAAGCACCUCUGGGCCAGUGGCUUUGCAAAGGAGCUCACAGCAGAGACUGUUCAAGACCCUGGACAUCACAUCCUGAGGGCCACAGAGAGAACAUGGCCGUGAGUUUAGAUGACGACGUGCCCCUCAUCCUGACCUUGGACGAGGGCAGCAGUGCCCCGCUGGCUCCCUCCAACGACUUGGGCCACGAGGAGCUGCCUAGCAAAAAUGGGGGCAGCUAUACCAUCCAUGACUCCCAGGCCCUCGGUCUGAGCUCCAGGGGCGAGAGUUCCCCCUCCAGCCCCAGCAGACCCAACUGGGAAAUGAAUUAUCAAGAGGCGGCAAUCUACCUCCAGGAAGGCGAGAACAACGACAAGUUCUUCACCCACCCCAAGGAUGCCAAAGCGCUGGCGGCCUACCUCUUUGCACACAACCACCUCUUCUACCUGAUGGAGCUGUCCACCGCCCUGCUCCUGCUGCUGCUGUCCCUGUGCGAGGCCCCUGCUGUCCCCGCGCUGCGCCUCGGCAUCUACGUCCACGCCACCCUGGAGCUGUUCGCCCUGAUGGUGGUGGUGUUCGAGCUCUGCAUGAAGCUGCGGUGGCUGGGCCUCCACACCUUCAUCCGACACAAGCGGACUAUGGUCAAGACGUCCGUGCUGGUGGUGCAGUUCAUCGAGGCCACCGUGGUGCUGGUGCGACAGACGUCACACGUGCGGGUGACCCGGGCGCUGCGCUGCAUCUUCCUGGUGGACUGUCGGUACUGCGGCGGCGUCCGGCGGAACCUGCGGCAGAUCUUCCAGUCCCUGCCGCCUUUCAUGGACAUUCUUCUGCUGCUGCUCUUCUUCAUGAUCAUCUUCGCCAUCCUCGGCUUCUACUUGUUCUCCCCUAACCCUUCAGACCCGUACUUCAGCACCCUGGAGAACAGCAUCGUCAGCCUGUUUGUGCUCCUGACCACGGCCAACUUCCCAGACGUGAUGAUGCCCUCCUACUCCCGGAACCCCUGGUCCUGCGUCUUCUUCAUCGUGUACCUCUCCAUUGAGCUGUACUUCAUCAUGAACCUGCUCCUGGCCGUGGUGUUCGACACGUUCAACGACAUCGAGAAGCGCAAGUUCAAGUCUUUGCUGCUGCAUAAGCGAACCGCCAUCCAGCACGCCUACCGCCUGCUGGUCAGCCAGCGGAGGCCCGCCGGCAUCUCCUACAAGCAGUUCGAAGGCCUGAUGCGCUUCUACAAGCCACGCAUGAGUGCCAGGGAGCGCUACCUGACCUUCAAGGCCCUGAACCAGAGCGGCACACCCCUCCUCAGUCUCAAGGACUUCUACGAUAUCUAUGAAGUCGCCGCCUUGAAGUGGAAGGCCAAGAAGAACAGAGAGCAUUGGUUCGAUGAGCUUCCCAGGACGGCGUUCCUCAUCUUCAAAGGAAUUAAUAUCCUCGUGAAGUCCAAGGCCUUCCAGUAUUUCAUGUACUUGGUGGUGGCUGUCAAUGGGGUCUGGAUCCUCGUGGAGACGUUCAUGCUGAAAGGUGGGAACUUUUUCUCCAAGCACGUGCCCUGGAGUUACCUUGUUUUUCUUACCAUCUACGGGGUGGAGCUGUUCCUGAAGGUGGCUGGCCUGGGCCCUGUGGAGUACCUGUCUUCCGGAUGGAACCUGUUCGACUUCUCCGUCACAGCCUUCGCCUUCCUGGGCCUGCUGGCCUUGGCCCUCGACAUGGAGCCCUUCUACUUCAUAGUGGUCCUGCGUCCCCUCCAGCUGCUGAGGUUGUUCAAGCUGAAGAAGCGUUACCGCAACGUGCUGGACACCAUGUUCGAGCUGCUGCCCCGGAUGGCCAGCCUCGGCCUCACCCUGCUCAUCUUCUACUACUCCUUCGCCAUCGUGGGCAUGGAAUUCUUCUGCGGGAUCCUCUACCCCAACUGCUGCAACACUAGCACUGUGGCGGACGCCUACCGCUGGGUCAACCACACCGUGGGCAACAGGACGGUUGUGGAGGAGGGUUACUACUAUCUCAACAACUUCGACAACAUCCUCAACAGCUUCGUGACCUUGUUUGAGCUCACAGUCGUCAACAACUGGUACAUCGUCAUGGAAGGUGUCACCUCUCAGACCUCCCACUGGAGCCGCCUCUACUUCAUGACCUUCUACAUCGUCACCAUGUUGACAGCGGCAUCACCUUGGAGAAGGAAAUCUCCAAACAAGAGCUGGUGGCCGUCCUGGAGCUCUACCGGGAGGCACGGGGUGGCACCUCAGAUGUCACCCGGCUGCUCGAGACUCUUGCCCAGCUGGAGAAGUACCAGCAAAAUUCCGUGGUGUUUCUGGGACGGAGAUCUAGGACCAAAAGUGACCUGAGCCUGAAGAUGUACCAGGAGGAGAUCCAGGAGUGGUACGAGGAGCACGCGCGGGAGCAGGAGGAGCAGCAGCGACAGCUCAGCGGCCGCGGCCUGGGCCCCGCCACCCAGCAGCCCCCCAGUAGCCGCCAGCGCUCUCCGACCAUCACCUAGCCCCAGCGCGCGGAAGC